AAUACAAAAUAAUUGCAAGACCAUAAUAAUUAUAUUUGACUGCUGAAACCUAAGUUGUUGCUUAUUAGUGGGAAGCAACAUCCAAUGCAGCCAGAAUCAAAAAUAAAUGCAUAAAGCCAGUGUGAAAAUUAAUAAGACUUCAAAAAACAAAAAAAAACUUUAUACAAACUUUAAAGGUUUUUAUCAUGGUAUUGUUGAAUUUAUCAUUAGGUCGAUACAUACAUAAAUUAAGUACAAUUUUUCUAUAAGUGUACUUAAUGUAUGUAUGUCGAUAUUUGAAAAAUUAGUGAAUGAAUAAGGUUACCUUUUAGAUUUAUGCAAAAACUUGACAUAACAAAAACAUUCUGUCAGACGUGCAAGACCAUAAAAAAAAUUGAAAGACGAUUGUAAUGGACGAUUUAAAAAAUACAAAUAAGCCCUCAGAAAUAGCUUUGUAUGACCGAAGUUUGCUGUUACAUUUAGAUUUCCGCAAGUCUCCUGCAGUAUUCAAGCCUUUUAUAUCAGCUGCAGAUCCAGGUGAGAAGUGGCUACUAGUAAGGCCGCUGCAAGAUGGUGACUACGAACGAGGAUUUUUGCAGUUACUUUCUCAGUUAACUUCAGUUGGUGAUAUUAACAAAUCAAAAUUUCUUAAUAAAUUUGCUCAAAUGCGAGCGAAUGGAGAUUAUUAUGUGACGGUGAUUGAAGAUACAAGAAUAAAUCGAAUUAUUGGAGCGGCAUCUCUAAUAAUUGAACAUAAAUUUAUCCACGAUUGCGGUAUUCGUGGUCGAUUAGAAGACGUCGUAGUAAAUGACACUUAUCGUGGAAAACAAUUAGGAAAAUUAAUUGUAGUUACUGUGACUCUAUUGGCACAGCACCUUGGAUGUUAUAAAAUGACUUUGGACUGCAAAGACAAGUUAAUACCGUUUUACAAUUCACUUGGUUAUGCAUGUGAGCCUGGGAACUCAAAUUCGAUGACCAUAAGAUAUGAUGAUACAGGAAAAGUUCAGUUGAAUCGGACAACCAGCAGCGAACAGAUAUCAUGACAAUUAGCCAUCAGCCCUGUCAAAUCAAAAUUAUAAAACUGAAAAACAAACGCAACAUUUUUAAUAUUAAAACCAAAUUCCAAAAUCAAGAGACUAAAUUACCAUCAAUUAACUACAUGAUUUUUGUAUCCAAGAAUCAUUGAAAUUUAAUUGGAAAUAUUAUGUAUCUACAUACAUGAUUGCUUCCAUUUUUUUUUGGCGUUUCCAAUAACCCAAGUUUUGCCAUUUGGUUUUUUUUUUUCAAUUUUAUUUUUGAUUGAAUCAAAGUGAUCGUAUAAGAAAAAUAUCACUUAAAUGAUUAUAAUUGACAGAGCUGAUACAUUUAUCAUUGGCGCCUUUGAUUUGACUUAAUUUUCAAAACACACUAGAUGAAUAUUUUUUUAAUAUUAUUUAGAAUAUGUAUUACAAUAUUUAAGAUUUCCAUAUGGAUUUUUACAUACAUAUUUGAGUUUAUUUUCAGUCAUUAUUUAGAAAUAUGUAAAUUAAAGUUACUUGUUAUUUGUGUUUAAAUCAAAAUUUAUUAUGGUUUCAUGUCCUUUUAUCAGUGAUCCCAUUAUUAGAAAAUAUAAAUUCAGGAACAAAGUAACUGUCCCUUCUAUAAAUAAACAUUUCUACUUAUGUACUUAAGAUUUCUAAAAAAAUGUAAUUCAAAUUUAUAAGUUUAUAAAUAUGUAAUAAUUUCAAUAUUAAACAUUAUAAUUUUAAAAAUAAACAAUUACUUAUUAGUUAUUACAAUUUAAAAUCAUAAAAAUUUUAAAAAAGUAUUUCAAGUAAAAUAAAAAACCUAAUUUUUUAAUAAUUAUUGGUGAUUGGAUACUUAUUCGAAAUUCAAAUUAAUGACAAAAUCAAUUAAACUUAUGUAGAUAAAUUCAAUUAUUACAUAGUAUUUAAUUUCAAUUUAUAUAUACAUACAUACAUACAUAUAUAGGUAAAUUUAAUAGUAUAUCUAUAUACAUAUAUAGAUAUUUUUGUAUAUAAAUUACAUUUACA